AUUUGACUUUAACAGUUUCUACUACUUGUGUGACUUCAUUGAGUCGCCUUUGUAUGCAGGACUUCCUCAAUUUAAAAAACUUUACAGAAGAAUCGUCUGGAGGUACGGCAGACAGAAUGUCUGCCGUUAUGAACGUUCUCCUUGUGGGCUUCCUGCUUCACAGUGUCCACUGUAAUGGCUUUAGUGUCUCUCUGCCACAACAACUGGAGGCUGUGCGUGGAUCCUGUUUGACAAUACCCUGCUCCUUUACAAUCAGGGAUGAGUAUAUUACAAACCUGAACAGUGGAUGUAGAUCAGAAUGGAGAGAUGUCAGCAAUGAACAGACAAAAAUACAAUUCACAAGACCAACAACAGGAGACUUAACCCAGAAGAACUGCACCACAACAGUGUAUAACAUCACUGAGGACCAGGGGAAAGAAGCUAACUUUAGACUGGACUGUGCCAAUCCUCUAAUAUGGACAUUUAAAGAUAAAACAAUGAAUAUUAAAGUGAAUGAAGCCCCGCCCACCCCUACACUGACUCCGUCCUCUGUGAGUGUGAGUGAGGGGCAGUCAGUGAGUGUGCAGUGCUCUGUUCCUGUCCCGUGUCUGUCUCUCCCUCCCACUCUGACAUGGAGCCCUGUCCUGGGGGACAUUCAGGAGACUCUGCAGGAGCAACUGGACAAGACAUAUGUCAAAGUGUCCACUCUCACCUUCACUCCUUCUGACUAUAAGACAAGCCUGUCAUGCUCUGCAGUCUACAGCAGGGGAGAUGGGACUGUUUCAAGUUCUAGUGCAACAGCUCAGAUCACAUGUGACCUCUGUCCUAAGUUCAAGGUUUUUCUGCCACAAAACAUAAAGGCUCUGCGAGGAUCCUGUGUGACAAUUCCCUGUUCAUUUCAAAUCCAGAACAAACAUGAAACCAAUUUGAACAGUGGAUGUAGAGCUUUAUGGCAAGAUACCAAUCACAAUGCACUUCCAAAUACAAGACAGGAAACUGGAGAUUUAACUCAGAAAAACUGCACCACAACAUUUAAUAACAUUGGUCCACAACACAAUAAAACACAUUUCUUCAAAGUGGAAUGUGAAAAUCCACUGAGAUAUACAUUUAAACAGGCAGGAGUGACGAUACAAGUCAUAGAAGCCCCGCCCACCCCUACACUGACUCCGUCCUCUGUGAGUGUGAGUGAGGGGCAGUCAGUGAGUGUGCAGUGCUCUGUUCCUGUCCCGUGUCUGUCUCUCCCUCCCACUCUGACAUGGAGCCCUGUCCUGGGGGACAUUCAGGAGACUCUGCAGGAGCAACCGGACAAGACCUAUGUCAAAGUGUCCACUCUCAACUUCAAUGCAUCUGAGCCAAAGAUAACGCUAUCAUGCUUUGCACACUACAACAGGGAAGAUGGGACUACUGUGUCAAGUGGUGUUGCAACAGCUCAGAUUAUGUGUGACCAGUGUCCUAAAUUUGGUGUCUCUCUACCACAGAACAUAAAGGCUCUGCAAGGAGCCUGUGUGACAAUACCCUGUUCAUUUCAAAUCGAGAACAAAUAUAAACCCAGCUUGGAUAGUGCAUGUAACCCAUUGUGGAAGGAUAUCAGUGGAAAGACACUUUUAAACACAGAGCAAACAGGAAAUUUAACACAUAAAAACUGCACCACAACCUUUCAUGACAUUGGUCCCCAACACAACCAGAAAUAUUUCUUCAGAGUGGAAUGUAACAAUCCACUGAAAUACACAUUUGUUGAGACAGGAGUGACCAUACAAGCCAUAGAAGCCCCACCCAUACUUACACUGACUCCAUCCUCUGUGAGUGUGAGUGAGGGGCAGUCAGUGAGUGUGCAGUGCUCUGCUCCUGUCCCGUGUCUGUCUCUCCCUCCCACUCUGACAUGGAGCCCUGUCCUGGGGGACAUUCAGGAGACUCUGCAGGAGCAACUGGACAAGACCUAUGUCAAAGUGUCCACUCUCACCUUCACUGCUUCUCACCUCCAUCAUAAGAAAAUCAUAACAUGCUCUGCAGACUACAGCAAAGAAGACAGAUCUCUGUCCCAUACGAGUGUGCAGAUUACGUCUUUUGUCACAUAUCAACCAAGAAACACCACCAUACUUUCUUCUAAUCCAGUGACAGAACACAGUAAUAUGUCACUGAGUUGCAGCAGUGAUGCCAACCCAGCUGUACAGCACUACCACUGGUAUAAAACUGAUGGAGGAACUCACACUCUGAUCGGAAACUCAUCUGUUUUAAACAUGAAAGCCUCCAGAGAUACUACUGCUAUUUUCUGUGAGGUUAAGAAUGAACUUGGGACUGAGAACUCUACUGUCACUCAUUUAGACAUCCAGUAUCCACCUAGAAAUACAACUAUGACAGUCACCCCCUCUGGCCCUGUGACAGAACACAGUGAUAUGUCACUGAGCUGCAGCAGUGACGCCAACCCAAGUGUCUUCCACUGGUAUAAAACUGAUGGAGGAACUCACACUCUGAUCGGAAACUCAUCUGCUUUAAACAUGAAAGCCUCUAGAGAUACUACUGCUAUUUUCUGUGAGGUCCAAAAUCAUCUGGGAAUGGAUAAUUCUUUUGUAAAACAGCUGGAUGUACAGUUCCCUCCACAGAUCGUGGGCCCUUCAGAGUGCUCUGGAGACUCAGCCCAGAUGAAGUGUGUGUGUGAGACUGAGGGGAACCCCAUUCCCCUGAUACAGUGGAGUUUUCCAGGAGUCUCCCCAAACAUCUCCAUCAUCAGUGAGCCUCUGAGUGACAAAGCUCUAAGAAGUGUCCUCACUGUUAUUAAACCCCAGUGGAGAGAUUCAGUCACUUUGGUCUGUCACAGCAGCAACUCUCUGGGAUCUGACACACAGAGUUUUAGAGCUCUUGCACUCCACUGGCAAGAUCGGCCCCAAAAUAUCAGAGUAACAGUGAGCCCCUGUGGUCCAGUGACAGAACAGAGUAAUUUGUCACUGAGCUGCAGCAGUGAUGCCAACCCAGCUGUACAGCACUACCACUGGUAUAAAACUGAUGGACGAACUCACACUCUGAUCGGAAACUCAUCUGUUUUAAACAUGAAAGCCUCCAGAGAUACUACUGCUAUUUUCUGUCAGGCUCAGAAUGAACUUGGGACUGGCAACUCUUCCACCACUGACCUGGAUGUACACUAUCCACCCCAAAACACCACAGUCACAGUGCAGCCUAGUGGUCCAGUGGAAGAAUAUAUGGAUGUGACUUUAACCUGCCACAGUGAAGCCAACCCGUCUGUAAAACAUUACCACUGGUAUAAAGAUGAUAAUGGAACUCACACUCUGAUUGGACACUCAGCGGUGUUAAACAUUAAAGCCUCUAAAGAUACAACUAGAGUUUUCUGUGAAACUCUGAAUGAUCUUGGAACUGAUCGCUCAAUUACCACUCAGCUACUGGUCACAUACAAACCAGGAAACACCAGAGUGACAGUGAGUCCCUCUGGUCCAGUGACAGAACACAGUAAUAUGUCAGUGAGCUGCAGCAGUGAUGCCAACCCAGCUGUACAGCACUACCACUGGUAUAAAACUGAUGGACGAACUCACACUCUGAUUGGAAACUCAUCUGUUUUAAACAUGAAAGCUGCAAGAGAUACUACUGCUAUUUUCUGUCAGGCUCAGAAUGAACUUGGGACUGAUCACUCCUCUGUCACUGACCUGGAUGUACAGUAUCCACCCCAAAACAUCACAGUCACAGUGCAGCCUAGUGCAGUGGAAGAAUAUAACAAUGUGACUUUAACCUGCCACAGUGAAGCCAACCCGUCUGUAAAACAUUACCACUGGUAUAAAGAUGAUAAUGGAACUCACACUCUGAUUGGACACUCAGCGGUGUUAAACAUUAAAGCUUCUAAGGAUAUCACUACAAUUUAUUGUGAAACUCUGAAUGAUCUUGGAACUAAUCGCUCUUCUCUCACUCAACUGCCUGUGAAAUACAAACCUUCAAACACCAGAGUGACAGUGAGCCCCUCUGGUCCAGUGACAGAACACAGUAAUAUGUCAGUGAGCUGCAGCAGUGAUGCCAACCCAGCUGUACAGCACUACCACUGGUAUAAAACUGAUGGAGGAACUCACACUCUAAUUGGAAACUCAUCUGUUUUAAACAUGAAAGCCUCCAGAGAUACUACUGCUAUUUUCUGUCAGGCUCAGAAUGAACUUGGAACUGAUCAUUCCACCAUUUAUGAGCUGGAUGUACAGUAUCCACCCCAAAACAUGGCAGUCACAGUGCACCCUAGUGGUCCAGUGGAAGAACAUAAGAACUGUGACUUUAACCUGCCACAGUGAAGCCAACCCAUCUGUAAAACAUUACCAUUGGUAUAAAGAUGAUAAUGGAACUCACACUCUGAUUGGACACUCAGCGGUGUUAAACAUUAAAGCUUCUAAGGAUAUCACUAAAAUUUUUUGUGAAACUCUGAAUGAUCUUGGAAGUG